AUGCAGCCUAUCGCUUAUCUAGGAGUGCUGUUGCUCUUCUCGACAUCGGCUGUUGCCGCCCCGUCACGCCACAUCCAUCUCCAGCGGCAUAGACAUCGUGCCGCCACACAUGCCCACUCGAGACAUGACCAUUCGUUGUUGGAGAAACGGGCUGAGCAGAUCCGAAUGGAGGCAGAAAAGAUUGCUCUGCCAAUACCCCAAGAUUUGCCCAUGGACGCACCACAAAGACAACCAUCAUCGAAAGAUGACACAGUCAUAACAUUAUGGGGUCACCAUCACGAAGGGGAUUCCGCCGUGGUAGGCCACAACGAGCCCGUGAUACGAAUGACGGAGACGGUCACAGGGCGCGGGAAGUUGGGAGACGACAGAAUCGACAUCACGACGGUGCACGACAACAAUCGAAAAAAAGUCACGGACGGCUUCGACAGUCGUCACCUUGAUGGGGCACUGAGUCUGUUACGCUCUCAUUCGGCGGGAAAACACAAUGGGUAUCGACAUUAG